UAGAGGGGCAGAGCCUGGCUGCGUCUGAUUCAGUCGUUCUCUCGUCUGCCUGCGGGCUCCUGGGAUCCCCGCCAUGUCCUGCUACAUCUACCAGCUGCCCUCCUGGGUGCUGGACGACCUGUGCCGCAACAUGGACACGCUCAAUGAGUGGGACUGGAUGCAAUUCGCCUCCUACGUGAUCACGGACCUGACUCAGCUGCGGAAGAUCAAGUCCCUGGAGCGCGUGCAGGGCGUGAGCAUCACCCGGGAGCUGCUGUGGUGGUGGGGGAUGCGGCAGGCCACAGUCCAGCAGCUCGUGGACCUUCUGCGCCGCCUGGAGCUCUACCGCGCCGCCCAGAUCAUCCUCAACUGGAAACCAGUUCCUGAAAUCAGGUCUUCCAUCCCAUACCUCCCGGACACUGAGAAGCCAGGAAAGCCUCUGGCAGCUUCAAUAAGAAACACUGAGCAUGAUCAGGAAGAGGGGCAGCCUGUGACACCGGCUGCCUUCCUGGGCCCAGGGUCCACUCCAGCCAGAGCCUCCCAGCAGGCCUCUUUCUCGCUUCCUUCUGAAGAAGAUGUUCCUCACUCUUUAAAAACUGACCUCCCUACUUCAUCUGAUGCAAAGCAGGAGUUCAGUGCCUCCAUUCCUCAGCAGGAACAAGUUUUGAGCUCGACUGGAGACAGCCUUUUCUGGAGUGAGGCAGAUGUGGUUCAGGCAACCAAUGACUUCAACCCCAGUCACAAAAUCAGGGAGGGGACCUUUGCUGUCAUCUACAGAGGACAAAGACAUGGCACAUCUUUCUUCUUCAAGAAGCUCACGGAGACUGCCUGCUCAAGUCCGGGGUCCAUUGACAGAUUCUUCCAGGCAGAGAUACAGAUUUGUCUUAGAUGCUGCCACCCCAACAUCUUACCUCUGCUUGGCUGCUGCACCGGAAGACAGUUUCACUGCUUGAUCCACCCCCACAUGGCAAAUGGCUCUUUACAGGACAGACUCCAGGGUCAGGGUGGCUGGGACCCCCUCCCCUGGCCCCAGCGGGUCAGCAUCUGCUUAGGGAUGCUGCGUGCUGUUGAGCACCUGCACGGCCUGGAGAUCAUCCACAGCAACGUCAAGAGCUCCAAUGUUUUGCUAGACCAAAACUUUACCCCCAAGCUGGCUCAUCCAAUGGCUCACCUGUGUCCAGUGAACAAAAGGUCCAAAUACACCAUGAUGAAGACCCACCUUUUCCAGGCCUCGGCGGCGUAUCUGCCAGAAGAUUUCAUCAGGGUGGGGCAGCUGACAAAGCGAGUUGAUGUCUUCAGCUGUGGAAUAGUGUUAGCCGAGGUCCUCACUGGCAUUCCUGCGAUGGAUAAUGACCGAAACCCGGUUUACCUGAAGGAUUUACUCCUCAAUGAAAUUCCAAGCAGCACCCGCUCGCCCUGCUCCCGGAAGACGGGCGUGGAGAAGGUGAUGGUGAAGGAGAUCUGCCAGAGAUACCUGGAGAAGAGGGCAGGGAGGCUGCCGGCGGACUGUGCUGAGGCCCUUGCCACAGCUGCCUGCCUCUGUCUGCGGAGGCGCAACGCCAGCCUGGCCGAGGUGUGUACCUCUGUGGCCGCUGUGGAAGAGCGGCUCAGGGGCCAGGAGACGGUGCCCCCUUGGAGUGGGCUCUCGGAGGGCUCAGGCGCUUCCUCCAACACCCCGGAAGAAACGGAUGACGUCGACACUUCCAUCCUCGCGAGGGGGCCACGCUGGGCGGGGGCUGCCUCCUCUCCUCCCCCUCCAGAGGACGGAGAAGGAAAGUCUUGGGCCAGCGGGGAGAUGGGGGCUGCCUCCUCCUCCUCUUCUGAGGCCUGCGCCUGUGCAGCGCCUCCCCAGGAUGCUACAGAGACUUCCUGGAAAAUUGAAAUCAAUGAGGCCAAAAGGAAACUGAUGGAGAAUAUCCUGCUCUACAAAGAGGAGAAACUGGACAGCAUUGAGCUUUUUGGCCCUUGAUGCCCAAGGCCAAGCUGAAGGCCCUUGUCCUUAAUUGGAAAGACAGAGACAAAUCAAGAAAAAGUUGUGAGUCAGAAUCCAAAAUCUCCCAGGAAAUACAUAAGCCAAACAUCUCCAGCUUUUCUGGGAGAGAGAAACUUCCAUUUCACCAAAGUGAGAAAAAGGAGAAGAGACCUUGGCUUUUAGAAGCAGAAAGUCCACAAGGUCUACUUCCUUUCCGGGAUUUGUCAGUCAGAGCUGUGGACUAGAGGAAACAGACUGAAGGGGAAAUCUGGGUCCAGGGGCCCCAGGAUGUGAGUAAUUUUGUGGUUCUGGGGGCCUGUUUCAUUCCAUGACCACCCUAGCAGAUGCCCUGCUACCCAGCUCUCACCUCUUAACAACUGACCACAUGCUGCAACUUCAGCAUUUUCCAAAGUUAAGAUCUCCAGGUCAUAUUUGGUAAGAACCCUUUGCAAACUUCUAUGCACUGAAAGAUUUUCAACUUGUGUCAGAAUGCAAUUCUCAACUCACCUCUCAGGGUCUCAGGUUUUACAGUUGCCAGAUACCUGGCAAAGGGCUUUCUAAGGUUUCAGCUUCCUCUGUUGGAAAUCCAGCAACCCACAGAUAUUUAUUGAGUGCUUACUGAGCAACUUUAUCCUCCCCUUCCACUAAUGCUAAUGUUUUUAACGGAGCUUUUAUUUUGAGAAUGUGUUAUUUAUGGCUGGAUAAGGAAUCAGGAGAACUAGAAUUUCAUGUUGGAUUUUGCUGCUAAUUAGGUGAAUUGCUUAAUUUGGGGAACCUCUGUUUUCUUGUAUGUAAAAGGACACCAACUCAGCCUCCUUCCCUGGGCUUUUGGAAGGAACAGGUAAGACAGUGACCAUAGAAGGACUUCGAAAAUGCACUUGUCCUGUCUUAUAAAAAGUAAAAAAGCAUCAGACAUAUAGGUACCUUGCAUUUAUGUAAUGAAUAUAUUUCUGAAAAGUCAUGUUGCAAAUCUUUUUGUGAAACAAAUUCUAUUUAAAUUCACUGAGAAAAGCAUCUUAUUUAAAAAUAAUUCUAUAGUUAUAUUUCUUUAUUUCUUUUUAUUUUUUAAAUAAAAAAUACCUUUGUAAAGUCA